AUGACCAUGGGAGCGGCAAAGAAAAAGCAACGCCUUUCAAAUGGAACUGCGGUCGUUGUUGAGGAGCACCAUGAAGCUUCAGAGGAGACCGAAAGCACAGCGGUCCCAGUCCCAGUUGUGGAGAAGGCAGUAGAAAAGGACGAAAAAGAGGCGGCCAUCAAGCAGCGAAGGUCCUUGUUCGUACGCCAGCUACCCGCCGACACCACCUCCGAGUCUUUGACCGACCUCUUCUCCGAAUCCUUCCCCGUCAAACACGCCACUGCCGUUACAGACCCGGCCACGAAAGAGUGUCGUGGAUAUGGCUUCGUAACUUUCGCUGAUGCAGAAGACGCUGCACAAGCCAAGGCCCAGUUCAAUGGACACUUGUUGGGCAACAAGAAGCUCCGCGUCGAGAUCGCCGAGCCGCGAACUCGUAAGGUUGGCGCUGAUGCUGAGCCGGGCGUGGACGGCGCUGCGGUGCCCAAGGCGGAGCAUCACGGCAACAAGCGGCCAGAGGAGCCGGUACAGCCGACAAAGUUGAUUGUGCGCAACUUGCCUUGGUCUAUAAAGCGCGGCGAUCAGCUCACUAAGCUGUUCCUCAGCUAUGGCAAGGUCAAGCAGGCGUAUAUUCCCAAAAAGGGCCCAGGGUUGAUGGCAGGCUUUGGUUUCGUGCUGAUGCGCGGCAAGAAGAAUGCGGAACGGGCGAUUGAAGGCGUCAAUGGAAAGGAGGUCGACGGAAGGACGUUGGCGGUAGAUUGGGCAGUGGACAAGGGCGCAUAUGAGGAGCAGGUCAAGGGCGAAGAGAGUGAGCAGGACGAAGAUGAGACAACUGUUGAGCAAGGCGAUGCAGACGAAGAGAUGCUGGACGAAGACGGAGACUCUGGUAACGAGAGCAGCGAUGAUGACAAUGAGGAUGGCAGUGAUGUCGACAUGGAUGAUGAAGAUGACGAGGAUGACCGCCCCAAAAGGAAGCACGAUGAUCGUUCAUCUACCUUGUUCGUCCGGAACCUUCCCUUCACGUGCACAGAUGAGGACUUGGAAGACCACUUCGCGCAAUUCGGCAGCACCCGCUAUGCUAGGGUAGUCAUGGACUAUGGCACAGAGCGGUCGAAAGGCACGGGCUUCGUAUGCUUCUACAACAAAGAAGACGCCGAUGCGUGUGUUCGCAAUGCUCCAGCACGCCAGAUGCCCACUGCACAAGAGAAGGGCAAGGACGGGAAACCCGCUCCGGCUCCUCAUUCAAUCCUACAAAACGACAGUACCGAUCCCACUGGCCAGUAUACCCUGGACGGCCGUGUCCUUCAAGUGACGAAGGCUGUCGAGAAAUCUGAGGCGAACCGACUGACCGAGGAAGGCACCACCCACCGGAACAAACGGGACAAUGACAAGCGCAGGCUCUACCUCUUAUCCGAGGGAACCAUUCCUUCAAACUCUAAGCUCUAUGAGCAGCUCUCACCAUCCGAAAGGGCGAUGCGUGAAGCUAGUGCGAAGCAGCGCAAGACAUUGAUCGAGAGCAACCCCUCCUUGCAUCUUAGUCUUGUUCGACUGUCUGUGCGCAACAUACCUCGUAGCAUUGGAUCCAAGGAAUUGAAAGCGUUGGCGAGAGACGCUGUUGUGGGAUUUGCAUCUGACGUCAAAGCAGAGCGCAGAGCUCGCCUGUCCAAGGAGGAAUUAUCUCGUGGUGGCGAGGAGAUGCGCAUUGCCGAGCAGGCCCGCAAGAAGUCAGGCAAGGGUAUCGUCAGACAGGCCAAAGUGGUGUUUGRGAGUGCUGGCGGCAGCAAAGUAAGCGAAGAUGCCGGCGCGGGAAGGAGCCGCGGCUACGGCUUCAUCGAGUACUACACCCACAGAAGUGCUUUGAUGGGUCUACGAUGGCUCAAUGGCCACGCAUUGGGCUAUCAGGUUCAGGAAGGCAAGGGCAAGCAGAGCCGAGACGAUGCUCAAGACCGAAAGAAGCGGUUGAUUGUGGAGUUUGCAAUCGAGAACGCACAGGUCGUUAUGCGGCGAAAGGAAAGCGAGCAAAAGGCUAGAGCACGAAGCUUGGCUGUCACUCAGGGAAUGGCAGCGGAUGAAGGUGAUGCAGGUGCAAAGCCCUCCAAGGGCAAGAGAGGCGAGAAGCCGGGCUCGCGGAAGCGCAAGAGAGGUUCUGACGCUGUGAAGCCGUCAAAGACAACGACUGCCCGGUCAGACAAGUCCAAGGGCGAGCCGAAGCAGCCGGUCGAUGAGAAGCUUGUGAAGCGCAACCAGAUAAUUGGACGCAAGCGCGCAUUGCGCAAGAAUCGCAAGGGUGGAAAAUCUUGA